AUGGCUUCCAAGAUCGCUAAGCCCGCUGGUGCCGCACCCGCCGAUGAAUUUGAAAUCUCUGUUGCCCAAGCCCUCCUCGAUUUGGAGAACAAUGUGGCUGAAUUGAAGAAGGACUUGCGUCCUCUCCAAAUCACCGCUGCCAAGGAGGUUGAAAUGGGUGCCGGUAAGAAGGCUAUUGUCAUCUUCGUUCCCGUUCCUACCCAGAAGGCUUUCCAGAAGAUUCAGGCCAGACUCACCCGUGAACUUGAGAAGAAGUUCUCUGACCGUCACGUUGUGUUCGUUGCCCAGCGCCGCAUCUUGCCUGUUCCUGGUCGUCGCAGCAACCCCAAGCAGCCUCGUCCUGUUUCCCGCACUUUGACCUCUGUGCACAACGCCAUCUUGGACGAUCUUGUUUUCCCCACCGAAAUCGUUGGCAAGCGUCUCCGUGUCAAGGUUGAUGGUUCCAAGACCCAAAAGGUCUUCCUUGAUACCAAGGAUGCCACUUCUUUGGAAUACAAGCUCGACACCUUCUCUGCCGUCUACAAGAAGUUGACUGGCAAGGAUGUUGUCUUUGAAUUCCCUGCUGUUGUCGACUUGUAA